GUUACAGCGAUAAUUUCGAACCGAACGGAUAUCAAGAAAAUACAAAUUCAAAUACACAAGACACAAACACUCACACAUAUUUUUUUUGUAUACGCGAAAAAAGUGCAUAUUUUUAGAAUUUUUUUGCCUAAAAAGAAUUUUUAUAUGAAUUUUAUUUUUCAAAAUUAUGAGGAAUUCAGUGCAAAUUUUUAUAUAAUUUUAAUAAAACUUAAAAAAAGUAAAAGCGAAUAUUAUUAAAUUACAAUAAUUAAAGUAAUUAAUUAAAAAAAAAUCGACAAAUGAAAGUGAAUUAAUAGAGUGGUGAAAAAUGCCCAGGGGAUCACAGAAAUAUAGCAAGAGUUUAUUAUUUAUAUUGCUGUUGAUAUUUCUAGCAUUUUUGCCACCUUCUCAAGAACUCUCGUUUGGUUGGGGUGGUGGUGGAGAUGAUAGUAAGGUCAAGGAUGUGUCUGCGGAUGCCUCAGCCAAUCUGCGAAAGAUCAGCAAGAAACAUACUCUACAAAAGAAAUUCAAAUUUCAUAAAAUAGAACGUGUUGAAGUGGAGGAUGAAGAGGCGGAAGAUGGUGAUGUGGAGGAUGUAAAUGAUGACACUAAUGAGAAUCUAGCAGGAGAAGAGAUCGAUGACAAUGCCACCAACGAAAGGGCUGACGAUCAAAACGGUGAUGAAGACGACGAAGAGGAGAAUGAUUCACAACGUGAUCGUGCUGCCUCGCUGAAUAGUGAAAACAACGAUGACGAAGAGGAAGAAUUUCAAUUUAAAAGGGCUCGCAAAGCAGAGAAAAAAAUAACAAGUACUAGACUCUCUGAGGAAAAGACAAGCAAAGAGUCUUCUACAUCAUUUUUUGGUAACAUUUUUGGCGGACUCUUCGGUGGUGGUGGUAGUAGUGAUGAGGCAGGUGAAAAUGUUAAAAGUAAAAAAAGUUCCAAAGAAAGUCGAGAACAUUCUGAGUCCAAAGAGGAAACUACUAAAUCGAAUGGCAUUAUUGAUUGGAUAAUGUGGUUGGGAGAAAGAACUGGCCGCUUAAGGGCAACUCCUACUGAAUCCGAAGAAGAAAAUGUUUCUGCGGCUGAGAGUAGCGGUGAAAAUUGGCUUGACUAUUUCAAUCGUUGGCCCUUUAAUAGUCUUUUUCCCAUAGGAAAACCACCUAAACCGAUUAGUAUGCCAAAAUCUUCUGCAACUAAAUCGUCGAAAAAACGUUCCGAUACUAGUGCUGGUGGUGGCAGUGCUGGUGAUGAUGGCAGUUUAGAAGAGGCUAUGAGCCAAGAAAGUUUUGAUACUCUCCUACGUUCGCUGCCGAAUUUUGUCAUGAAACCUUCUGAAGUUUCAGAGACAGAGUGCCGCCAGCAAUUGCAAAUAUUUCAAAGACAAUUGAGAGGCCACAAAGUGUGGACAUUACAAAUGUUGGACUCUACUGGUAAGGUUGGCACUGGCUUAUUGCGAGGCAACAUUAAUCAAUUUGGUGACUUUGGUGUGUGUACUGGUAUUAAAACGAUAGUGAAAGUAAGUGCUUCCCAACAGGUCCGUAUACGAGGCAAAUAUUGUUUGGCUCAUAUUGAAACACAAGCGGGCAUAGCAGAACUUAAAGUACCCGUACACAUGAUGCAUGGAAGGGGAUUAUUUAAUAGUCAUUUGGGAAAUCCUAGUCAUUUUAUACCCCGCUAUGGUGUAGCUAAUUGGGGUGUUUGUGUACCCAGUGGCUGUUCCGGUCAAGUGGUUCAAGAUAUGCUGCAGUCCAGUCUACAAGCGUAUAACUCGUCGGGCAUAGAAUUUCAUGUCGAAGUCAAUGAUAACGAUUGUUAUGUGAAACAUAGUAAAAAGUUUAUAAAACUAAUGAAGAAAGAUAAAAAGUUUUGCGCUACCUUUUUAUAUAUAUCGGGUUUGAUUUUAUUGGCUAUAGCUAGUUUAAUGUGGGAACAUUGGGGUUUAAUAAAACCAAUUUUGGACAAAAUUGUAAAAAUUAUGAAAAAUUUAAUAGAAACAAUUAAGAAAAAACUAGAAAAGAAGACGGAAGAAGCAGCAGCAGAAACAGCUGAAGGAAAAGAGGAGAGAAAAGAAGAAACCGAAGCUGAACAAGAAGCAGAAGUAGAAUCGGAAGAAACUACAGCAGCUGAAAACCCAGAAGCAGAAGAAUCCCCGAAAGAAAAUGAAACAGAAGAAUGUGCAGAAGAUUCAACAGAAAAUCUAUCUCUUAAUCAAUUGGCUUUAGAAAUUUUCAAAUCGUUUUCUCCCCAACGCACCUUUAGCAUCUUAUUAUCACCCGACACUUAUGAUGUACAAUUUCCUGUCUUUCACGUGCUUAAAAUUGCCGCCACUUUUAUGUUGUAUUUGUGUUUGAAAUUCUUAAUGAUUGGCCAUAUGCCAAUAAUAAAUCGUGAUCAACUCGUGCGUACACUAGACCAUCCCUUGAGUGUUUUGAUUCGUUCACCCAUGAUUUAUGCUGACAUUUUGCUAUUAAUAAGUGGAUUCUUGUCGGCCUAUCAGCUGUCUGAGGAAAUGGAACAAAAAUCUUAUAUACAUUUGUUAAAACGUUUGGGUUCGAAACUUAGUCGAUAUCUACCUACAGUUUAUUUAUUAAUUUGCUUUCAAACUUGGAUUUUACCUUAUUUGAAUUCGGGUCCUUUGUGGACCAAUAUUGUGGGACAAAAUUCACGUUUAUGUGACGAUCAGUGGUGGCGUAAUUUAUUGAGUUUACAGAAUGCCAUCGAUUUUGAAGAGACGUGCUCACCCUCCACCAUACAACUGGCCUUAGAGGUACAACUCUAUAUUUUGGGACCUCUCAUAGUAUGGUUGUUUUACACCGACUCUGAUGCUGGUUUCUUUGUAUAUGGAGCAUUACAUGCUAUGUCUGUGGCCGCAAGAUUUUCACGAACUAAUAAAGAACAUUUAUCCAUGACAUUAUUUCAUGGCAUAAAUGUCAGCAAAUUUUAUCGCACUGCCAAUAUAUUGUAUUCAUCGCCCAUUAGUCGUGCUACCACUUAUCUUUUGGGCAUAGGUGCUGGCAUUUUUCAACGAACCAAUCAAGGUGUUAUUGAUCUGACACCAGAGAUGAUACCAUUUGGUUGGAUUUUAGCUUGUCUUGGUAUUUCGUGGUGUUUGUGGUCACCAUCAGCGGGAAUGCGUACAGAUUUCAUUUACAAUUCCUCAGAUGCUGCCUCUUAUGCUUCGUGGUGUCCUUUGGUAUUUGGUCUGAGUUUAUGUUGGUUUAUUUUUAUGUUUCCGAAAAGUGAAAAUUCCAUUAUAAGAUUUUUACUAUCAUCGAGACCAAUAUUGGUUAUAUCACGUUUAGUGUUUCCCAUGCAAUUGGUAAUGUAUAUAGUGGUUUUAUAUAAUACGGCUGGAAUUAAGGAAUCGGAUAAGUUUCAUAUUAGUAAUUUGAUCAAUGUACAGGAAAUAUUUCAAAUAUUUGUGGGCACCAUUAUAGUUUCAUUCCUUAUCGAUAUACCUUCACAAAAUAUACGUCGUUUGCUGGUUAAUCGCAUUUUUAUAGAACGCUCUCACCAUGAUUCCGAAGAAAUGGAACCCAUUUCGGGUGCUGAUCCCUCAGAGGCCUCCGAAGAACCCAGUGAACAUGUUACAAGUGACACUCCUGAACCACCCGACACCAUUUGGGGUUCAGAUCCUGAGGAGGAAGAACAUAAAUAUUUGCUAAGACGACGCAGUUCUUUAGAAAUGCCGGCAAAAGAAACAAAUACAACCAUUAAAGAGGAGGAAGAAGUAGAAGUGGAAGAAGUAGAGGUGGGGGAAGAUGAGGAAGAAGAAGAAAUUAGCGAGGCCGAAGAAGUAAAAAAGCGUCCUGAAACGCCUCCACCACCAACACCUCCUCCAGUAGAGAAAAAACCGACUGAAGAGGAUUCUCUACCCUAUAGACGUCGUCGAAGACCUUUAUCGGAUGAUUAAGUUUUUUUUUUUUUUUGGUUACCCUUUUCCCCCUGCCAUUAACGAAAAGUAAAAGACAUCCCCUUUAUAUGGACUGACCUUUCUUUCCUGUACUAAUACGAACAAAAUUUAUACUAACCUCCAGGUAAAUAUAUGUUUCUUUCAUUCCUUUUUUGUGGCUAUAUAUACAUAUAUUUCAGAUGAUUCUGUAUGAUUUAAAUUUAGAGGAUAUUAAAUAAAUAAAUCGUUUUUAAAUAAUCAAAAUUCAUAUAAAAAUGUUGGUAACAGAUUAUUAUUAUUAUUAUUUCG